CGCCGCCCUUCUGACGAGCACAAUGAAGGAUGCACUUGAGCUGUGUUUUACUAAAUUCUCCCCCACGCGCACCUCUGGGCACCGUGUGACUCGCAUUGGCAGAGCUUGAGUCUGACACGCUGGUGCCCGAGCAUGUCGUUUUCUCUCGGACACUGAAGUCAGUGAGGCAGAGCAAGUUUUUGUCUACCCAUGGCCUUGCUGCAGUGAUAUGCAGAGUGAGCUGCCUGUUCUUCUUUACGGUUCCUGCAUGCGUCAUGGACUUCUGAGACGCUGAGCUCUGAACGUUUGUGCUGCUGCACUAAAGCUUGCAGUCUCAUGGUCGCUUUCCGUGACACUGUGUGAUGUGGGUAGGCCUUUUUCUCUGUUUUUCUUUUUUAUGUUCAGAUUGACAUUUUGGUUUUUGGAGCAUUCUAGCUGGAGACGUGAGUGAAUUUGUGCGGUACAGGUGAAAUGGGAUGUAUGAGCGACCCUAGAUUAUUUUCAGUGUUGUGGGUUGAUGCGAAUCGUGAUGAAAUCUGCUGUUUUUUAUUCCGAAUCUUGGCUUCUUCGAUGCCCCGGGCAUAUUAAUCAGUGAAACCGGUCAGAACUGGUGGUAGGGGAGCUCCACCCCCUGCACUGCUGACUCCUCUGCGAAUUUCGAGUUUGAAGCAAACUUUGUGUCAUAGUUCGCUUCAAAUACCAAAUCUUCUGCUGAAUAUUGAGCAAAGGGUCUCUUGCCGUAUACUCGUUCUUACUUGGCUUGCAGACCCACGGCCUCUCAGAAGCGUUUUGUUCUUGAGCGCUGACGACCCGGAACUCGUGACUUCCAUUGUUAGAAUUUAGCUGUGCAGGCCGUGAGGUGAUGAUGAGAGUCAUGGAACCUCGGAGGAGGUUGCUCGAUACCCUGGUGGUGCUGCUCCUGGUGCACAUGAUGUUUCCAGAAGCUGCAGCGCACAAGGAUGGAAAGCACGAGCUGUACAAGGACCCAAAGCAGACUGUAGCGGUGAGGGUGAAGGAUCUUCUUGGGCGUAUGACGCUUGAUGAGAAGCUGGGCCAGAUGACACAGAUUGAAAUGACUAUCGCCAAUACUUCGGUCGUUACCAAGUAUUAUAUUGGCAGUAUCCUGAGUGGCGGUGGAAGCUCCCCUGGACCGAAAGCCACCGUGAAGCAAUGGACCAACAUGACGGAUUACUUCCAAUCAGGGGCCUUGAAGACGAGGCUUAGCAUUCCGGAAAUAUAUGGAAUUGACGCUGUCCAUGGGCACAACACCGUUUACGGAGCUACCGUCUUCCCUCACAAUGUCGGUCUUGGCUGCACACGUGAUCCGGCCCUCAUAGAAAAAAUUGGUGUCGUUACGGCUCUUGAGGUUCGCGCCACAGGCAUUCCGUAUGUGUUUGCGCCUUGCAUCGCUGUGUGUCGAGAUCCACGGUGGGGGCGUUGUUAUGAGAGCUACAGUGAGGAUCCCGACGUGGUGAGCAGUAUGACAUCGAUCAUUGAUGGUUUGCAAGGCAAGAAACCACAUGGCUGGGACGGACCCUAUGUACAAAAGAGUACUCGUAAGGUGGCUGCCUGUGCGAAGCAUUUCGUAGGCGAUGGAGGGACGACCAAUGGAACUGACGAGGGCAACACAGAAGUUAGCUACAAGGAACUCGUUGAUAUUCACAUGAAAGCUUAUCCCCAUGCGAUUGCGAGGGGGGUGGCCACAAUUAUGGCCUCCUACAAUAGCUGGAACGGUUUCAAGAUGCACGCCAAUAAGUUCUUACUUACUGAUGUGCUCAAGGGGCAAUUAGGAUUCAAGGGGUUUAUCAUCUCUGACUGGCAGGGGAUUGACCGCAUCUCAACGCCUUGGGGGGUCAAUUACACGUACUCUACCGAACUAGCACUUAAUGCUGGAAUUGACAUGGUCAUGGUGCCCUACAACUACACGGGCUUUAUAACCGUCGCCAAGCAGCUAAUCGCCGAGAAGAAAGUUCCGAUGUCAAGAAUAGAUGAUGCAGUUUCGCGUAUCCUUAGAGUGAAGUUUCAAAUGGGUCUUUUUGAGAAGCCUUUUGCAGACAAGAGCCUAAGUAAAUUAAUGGGAACAUCGUCACACAGGAAGUUGGCAAGGCAGGCAGUGCGCAAGUCAUUAGUACUUCUGAAGAAUGGCAAGAGCUCUAAACCUCUCUUACCUUUGAACAAGUACGCGCGGAAGAUUCUUGUGGCCGGGGCUCACGCCAACGACAUCGGCUUGCAGUGCGGAGGCUGGACCAUCAGCUGGCAAGGCAUGCCUGGAAACAUCACAAAAGGAACAACCAUUUUGGAAGGCAUCAAGCAAACAGUAGACUCCAACACGAAGGUCGUGUACAAGGCCAACCCUAAGAAAGGUGAUGCCAAGGAGAAGGGAUACCAGUAUGCGAUAAUCGUUGUAGGCGAGCAACCCUAUGCUGAAUUCGAAGGGGAUAAUCUCAACCUCACCCUACCCGCUCCUUAUCCUAACAUGAUCAAGGACACAUGUUACCAUGUCCAAUGCGUUGUGGUGAUAAUCUCCGGCAGACCGCUGGUGAUUGAGCCCUAUGUGAGCGACAUCGACGCCUUGGUAGCCGCAUGGCUACCAGGCACAGAGGGCACUGGAAUCGCCGAUGUGCUCUUCGGCAAAUAUGAUUUCCAAGGGAAGCUUUCACGCACCUGGUUCAAGAGAGUUGAUCAGUUGCCGAUGAACGUCGGCGACAAGGAUUACGAUCCUCUGUAUCCUUUCGGAUUCGGCUUGAAAAUGGGUGAAAUCCAAUUAGCACGCCUAGAAUUUAGGGUUUAAACUUGCUGAUCCUCGCUGUUACUCUCAGAGUGACAGACACCCCACAAGUCUGUUGCAGAAAUCCAAUUAGCACGCCUAGAAUUUAGGGUUUAAACUUGCUGAUCCUCGCUGUUACUCUCAGAGUGACAGACACCCCACAAGUCUGUUGCAGAAAUCCAAUUAGCACGCCUAGAAUUUAGGGUUUAAACUUGCUGAUCCUCGCUGUUACUCUCAGAGUGACAGACACCCCACAAGUCUGUUGCAGAAAUCCAACUUGUGGGUGUCUGGGAUUUGCGUGUCUCCAUUUCUGUGAUACUGCCUCACACAAAUAAAAUCAUACUAAAUUGGCUUCAAAACAAUUUCA